UAACAAUCAGACGGUGUCGUGCAACAACACCCAACACAACACAGCCCGCUACAACCCGUGGAUCUCUCCCACCAAAAAAGAUUCCUUUGGUUCGAUGGCGGGUCCCGUUUCCGAGGAAAGCCACGCGGGAAGAAAGAGGAAACUAGAGGCGGCCGGGCCGGGGGCUGGAGGUUCUCUGCACACGGGUGGUGGCAGCGGCAUGGAUUCGUCGUCGUUUUCUUCUUUGCCGGCCGCGGGGACGGGAGCGACGGCCGUGGGAGCGAAGGAAGCGCCGGGGGAAGGGUCCUUCCCCUCGCCGGAAACCACCGUUUCGAUAUCCUACGUCGAGUUCUAUUCGGGGGUCGGUGGCUGGACGAUGGCGCUGGAAGAAGGCCUCGGUCGGCUGCGGGAAAGGUUGUCGGGAGAAGGGCACGGCUCUCCGAAGGACCAAAACAAUGGCCAGGGCCGCCCCGUGCGCUACGAGCUCAAUCGGCUCGCGGCACUCGAUCACUCCGACCUGUGCACAAGGGUCUUUUCCCACAACUUUUUGGACCGGAAGAGCGAGGAGCAGCAAACCCAGCAGCAGCAGCAGCAGCAGCAGCAACAGCAGCAUCCGCAGCACCACCAAAAGCCACAGCCAUCCGGUCCAAAAGCCCUCUCCAUUGAGCGCAUGAGCAUCAAGCAGCUGGAGGAAUGGUCGGCCGAUGUCUGGGUCAUGUCGCCGCCGUGCCAGCCCCACACAAGGCAACACAACGGCGGCAGCGAGAGCUGCAACGACGCGAAGGACCUGGACGAUCCCCGUUCCAGGAGCUUCUUGAAGAUUUGCGAGUGGCUGGAGGGACCUCCCCCUUCCGGCACUGGUCGCCGCCGCCGCCUCCGCGACGAGUCCCUCCCGUCUCUGAUCCUCCUGGAGAACGUCGUGGGGUUCGAGUCCUCGGGGAGUUUUCGGCGGUGGAGGUCGGCCCUGGGGGCGAGGGGGUACCGUUCGGCCCACUUCCACCUGACGCCGACCCAGGUCCGGCUCCCGAACGACCGGCCGAGGUACUACUGCGUCGCCAUCCGGUCGACCGCGGGGGGAUCCCCGCUUGCCUCCCGGUCUCUGGGGUCCUACUUUGGGGAAGAGCCGGGCCCGGACGAGGAAACGCCAGAGCCUCUCCCACGCCCGCGCAUCUGCAAGUCCAUCCCCGAGCUCGGGGUGGUUCCCGAAACAACCGAAGACAGCGCAAAAGCGCAAGAGGAGAUGCCCCCGAUCGCCUCGUUCCUGGACGACAAGGCCAGCGACAAUGGCUCGCUACGGGUGCCGGCAUCCGUCCUGGAGAGCAAGUCGGCGUGGUGCUUCGACAUUGUGUCCCCCCGCGACCGGCGGAGCUCGUGCUUUACGCAUUCCUACGGGAGGUUCGUCCGGGGAACGGGGAGCGUCCUGUACGAGGACAAUGGUGACAACGAAAGCGAUUCCGCAGGGGGCCGGGCAGCCUUCCGACUCCUCCCGCCGGACCAGAGGGAAUACUCCGACGACUGGAGGGAGGGCCUGGAUCCGACGAGGCUGCGGUACUUCUCGGGGAAGGAACUAGCCCGCCUCUUUGGCUUUUCCGACACCUUUUCCUUCCCCCCGGACACCACCCACAAGCAGCAGUGGAAGCUGAUGGGAAAUUCCCUCAGUGUGGGGGUGGCCUCCAGGCUCGUCGAGCUGGGACUCCUGCUGGCCUACGGCGGUCCCGACCCGCCAGGGGACGGGCCUCCGUGAGGACUAGCUAUUCUACGGUUCUACAAAUAUAGGAUCUGUUUACCAACCGAGAUUUCACAAUGUAUCUAAAAAUUAAAAAUAGAAGCAAUCGAUUUCCUGUUUCGUGGUUCCCAUUUUUUUGUGGUUGCGGCUGCUUCUUGCCAGGUUGCGCAGCAGUAAAAACUAAAGGUAUGCAUUGGAUUUGGUUUUGGUUAACUCGUGGAUUUGGCGCCUGUAAUGUAUUGCGUACAAGUUUGAGUCGGUGGUGUGUCGGCGAGGCGGGGAUCCGACAGAGACAUCCAUUGGAUCGCACCAGAGAAAAUGGAUCUUCGUCCCUUCUCCGCGGCACGGACGAAUAUUGGUAGGAAUCGAGCGCGUCGGGACUUGCCGAUUGUGGGAACAUCAGGCCCGGUGCUGGGGUGAGCCAUCAAUGUCGUCUGUCUGUGCGAUAGUCAGGUCGGUCAGAUCCGGGGAAAGAUUCACAGCAACUGUGGUUUGGAUACGUGUCCAGCAAUGCUUUCCGGACUUUUUAUGUUAGGCCCCGCAGCGUCGUGGUGAGGUGGGGCAGGAUCUCUGGAUCAGAAAGGAGUUCCAUGCAGGACAUGGGCCCGUGCCUCUUGUACCGAUCCAGAAAGGCCCGGACGGCCCGGUUAUUCCGGCCGCCCUCGGUGAGCUCGUCCAUCUUGCCGACGGUCUCGGGGCAGAGGAUCCCGUGGGCCAGGCCCCGCCUCCUGCCGCCGGCUCCCUUGCCGCGAAGCAGAGCCCGGUCUUCUUCGUCCAGUGCCGGCCCGGCCAUGUGGAUGCGAGUGGUGCCCGGUUCGGAGGAAAUGGACGGUGGGGUGGCCUGGUCGCUGUCCGGGGGGAUCAGGUACCCCAAAUCCAUCCGUCUGUCUCUCGAAUCGGCUUUGGGUCUAGGAGAAAACGACGAAUAGUCUUGCAAAAAGGCGGAGGAGAUCGAUGGCAGCGCCGCGAGGAACCACAGCCAGGAAUACCCCACCGAAAAUUUAUUUCGUGCGGGUGUUGUGUUGCCCUGAAAACUCUGGGGUCGUGGCUUCAUGAUCCUUUGAGUACGGGUGCAAAGCUCAGCUGGGAAGCAAGGCGACGGAACAAAUAGGGGCCGAAGCUAAGCAAAGCUCGUGCAAGGUACCUUAGGUAGGCUGAGGUGACGGUCGUCUAAAUUCUCUUGUGAGUGGUUCUCUGAAAGAAACAAACGGAGAACCUUGCUCCAUUUGAGGUUAAUCUUGCCCAAACAAAGCCUUUUGCUUGAAAAGAAUGAAACGAGAUCGAAUGGAAUUGGAAACCGGAAUGGACACUAAUCUGUACCGUGAUUAUUGUAUAGCGCCGAUGUUGGUUUCCUACUGGACUUUCAACUGUAAUCGAUAAUUCUUUCUACUCUCUCGAGGGAUGGCAGAUAGAAGUGCGGUAUUGCGAUAUAGUGCUUGCGAGAUACUGUAUGCGAUGGAUUAUUGUUUUAUGAACGAAUCUAGAAGAAGCUUUGAAUUGAGAUUCGUUCUCCUUUGUUUUCGUACGGAACCUACGGCAAAACAUUCGUAUUUUUUCUGGUUGCACAAUGCUUUGAUGGGGUGUGACUUAAAACUAGAAUCCUCACACAUGGUAAGAUCAAUCUUGCGCACAUGAUUUUCGUUAUUUUGACGUGUACUAUCCCGGUCUUACGGGUAGCACUGCAAGCACAACACAACUUUUAGAAGAACCGUGCGUAUCAAUCCACAUCAAUCCAGUAGUGCAUUCACUUCGAAAAUCAAAACAUCAACUCAAU